AGAGGAGGGCCGUGAAGAUGCUCAGAGGGCUGCAGCACCUCUAGUAUGGAACAGGCUGAGAGCUAGGAUUGUUCAAUCUGGAGAAGAGAAGGCUCUGAGGAGACCUUAUUUCAGCCUUUCAUACCCAAGAAAGAAUGCCUUAAGAAGAUAACUAUGGAUAAGUAUAUUAAAGUUCGAAAAAUUGGAGAAGGAUCUUUUGGGAAAGCAUUUCUUGUCAAAGCUAAAGAAAAUGGCCAACAGUAUGUUAUUAAAGAAAUUAACAUCUCAAAGAUGUCAAAUAAGGAGAGAGAAGAAUCAAGGAGAGAAGUCGCUGUAUUGGCUAACAUGAAACAUCCAAAUAUUGUCCUGUACAGGGAGUCAUUUGAAGAAAAUGGCUGUCUCUACAUAGUGAUGGAUUACUGUGAAGGAGGAGACCUAUUUAAAAAAAUAAAUGCCCAGAAAGGAAUCUUAUUCUCUGAAGAUCAGAUUCUAGAUUGGUUUGUACAAAUCUGCUUAGCACUAAAGCACAUACAUGAUAGAAAAAUCUUGCAUCGGGACAUAAAGUCACAGAAUAUAUUUUUAACCAAAGAUGGAACAAUACAACUGGGAGAUUUUGGGAUCGCCAGAGUUCUUAACAGUACUGCAGAGCUGGCUCGCACUUGCAUAGGAACACCAUACUAUUUGUCUCCUGAAAUAUGUCAGAACAAGCCUUACAACAAUAAAAGUGAUAUCUGGGCCCUUGGUUGCGUUCUCUAUGAAAUGUGCACACUUAAACAUGCGUUUGAAGCUGGUAACAUGAAGAACUUGGUACUGAAGAUAAUAUCUGGACCUUUUCCUCCUGUUUCUACGCAUUAUUCCUAUGACCUACGUAAUUUGCUCUCACAGUUAUUUAAAAGGAAUCCUAGGAACAGACCAUCAGUAAACUCCAUAUUGGAGAAAAAUUUUAUAGCCAAACGGGUUGAAAAAUUUCUCACACCACAGCUUAUUGCAGAAGAAUUCAAUCACAAAAUCUUCCAGAAGUUUGCCCAACAUGCUGCACCAGCUAAAAGGCCAGCUCAAGAACAAAUACUGGCUUCAGUUGCACCGGCUCAGAAGAUUACCAAACCUGCUGCAAAAUAUGGAGUGCCUUUAGUGAUGAGGAAGCCUUGUGAUGUACCUAAAAAGCCUAAUGAUAAGAAGCCAUUGGCUAAAUCUAGACAGGCUUUUGCAAUGAAGAAAAUGAAUCCAGGAGAAGAAAGGAGGAAAAUGUUUGAGGAACCUUCAAAAAAGAAAAAGUUAGAAUUGCCUGAAAAAGAAAAGCGCCAGAGAGAUCAGAUCAGUUUACUGAAGGCAGAUGAAAUGAGAAGAUCAGAAAAAGAAAGGAUGGAACGAAUAAACAGAGCCAGGGAACAAGGAUGGAGGAAUGUGCUUGGUUCAGGUGGAAGUGGUGAUGUUAAGGCACCAUAUUAUGGCGGUGGAGGUGGUGUUGGUCCGUCUCCUGUGUCUUCCAGAGGACAGUAUGAACACUAUCACGCUAUUUUUGAUCAGCUGCAACAACAACACGAAAACAUUAGAGUAGCUGAAGUGAGGGAAGCCAAAUUGAGGGCGAGACUACAAGGCCGGGAAGUUUUUGAGAGAGGAAUUCCACCUGGAAUACGUCCAGGAGUUCCUAAGGGGCCUGCAGGUCAUCACCAUUUACCUGAUGCUGGUGCAGUUAGGAAAAAAAUGAAAAGAUUGAAGGAGGUGUCUAAACAAGCCAAUGCAAACAGGCAUAAAGGAUGGAUAGCUGCAGAUAGAGCAAAGCAAGUUGAAGAAUUCUGGCAACGAAAGAGAGAAGCCAUGGAAAACAAAGCUCGAGCUGAGGGACAUAUGGGUACACUGCAAAACGUGGCAGAUAUCUAUGGAGGCAGGCCUUUUUCUGCAAGAGGAAGGAAAUCCAGAAACAAGGAGGAAGAGGAGUAUUUGGCAAGAUUAAGACAGAUUCGGCUACAAAAUUUUAAUGAACGUCAACAGAUUAGAGCUAAACUUCGUGGAGAAAAGAAUGAAGCUGCCAGUUCUGAUGGACAAGAGUCAAGCGAGGAAGCAGAACUGAAACGCAAAAAGAUAGAAGUACAGAAGGCCCAAACAAAAGCUCGAGCUGCAGUUCUGAAAGAGCAGUUAGAGUGGAAGAGAAAGGAAGCAUAUGAAAGAGAGAAAAGAGCCUGGGAAGAACAUCUGAUAGCAAAAGGAGUAAAGAAUCCUAAUGUGCCUUUUCAUGUGGGAGCUGCAGAACACAGUCCUGUGCAUGGACUACAAGAGCCUGAACCAGCUGUUCCUAAACCACAACUUCCAGCAAAGCCCAGUACACCAGUCAUCUCCAUGACUUCUGCUUUGAAGGAAGUUGGUGUGGAUGAAAAUGCAACUGCUAUCCAGGAAGUUGAGGAGGAAACAAAAAAGGCAGGUUUUGCAAUUCAGAAUAAACGUGAAAUACUGAGAAGAUUAAAUCAAAAUCUUAAAGCUCAAGAAGAUGAGAAAGAUAAAAAGGAGUGUCAGAAUAUCUCUGAGUCAGCUGGGUCUGAAGAUGGAAAGGAGCAAGAAGGUGACCAGCCAAUUCUAGGAGAUCGCAAAAAAUGGAAAUCUGGAGCAUCUGAAUUGGUAGUUCCUCUAGCUCAGUUAACAAUGGAAGAUUCACUCUCUGGAACAGAUCGUCAAACUCUGGGGGAAGUAAUUAGAUUAGAUAUUGGUGAACCCCACAGAAAAAUGUGGGGCAAAAGCCCUACUGAUUCAGUCCUGAAGAUCCUAGGACAAGCAGAGUCACAGCUGCAAACUGACUUACUUGAGGAGCUAGAUGUAGUAAGCGGUACUGCUGAACUUCUUGAAGGAGGUCAUCAGUCCUCAUCGGAGCAGAAGGAAGAGAAAGCUUUUCCUGCUGUUGGAGCUCAGUCUUCAGUACCGGUUGGUGUCACAGAGUCUGACAUGACUGUACCGGAAGAAUCUCAAAAUGCUGGAGCUACUCAGGUGCAGAACAAACCUAUUAUGCUGGAUGAGCCUGAUGAUUUGGAAGCAGAGAUGUUGGAAGAAACGGAAGACAAAAAGCACCAGAGUAAGGAGAGCAAGAAAUUUCCCAUCACUGUUAAUGAAGUGUGGGUAAAAGAGAAAGAGGAUAAGGGACCACAUGACAGAAGAAAUGAGGCAGCUUCUGAGAAACUAGCGCUUGACAAGGUGCAACCACCAAAAGAAGCUCAAAAAGAAACUUGUUCCAGUGAUUCUCUGCAACCAGAACCCUUAUUCCAGAGGGUAAUACAGCCCACAGCUGUACCAACAGACUCGCCAGUUCUGUCAGCUCAGUCUUCACAGGAAGAGCCUUUUGUACCUCGUUCACAUUCCAUAUCACCAGCAAAAAAUAAAGGCAAAAGUUCAUUGUUGAUUGGACUUUCUACAGGGCUUUUUGAUGCAAAUGACCCAAAGCUGUUGAGAACAUGUUCGCUCCCAGAUCUUUACAAGCUGUACAGAACCUUAGUCGAUGUUCCCAGUGUAGCAGAUGUGCGGCAUCACCAUAAUCUUGAAAUAGAUGAUACGGAAGAUGAGCAAGCCAAAGAAGGACCCUCUGAUUCUGAGGAUAUUAUGUUUGAGGAGGCAGAUCCUGAUCUGCAGGAACUCCGGGUGUCAAUGGAGCAAUUGCUUAGGGAGCAGCCUACUGAGGAAUUCAGUGAAGAGGAGGAAUCCACUUUGAAGGCUAAUGUCAUCGAAUGCAUAACAAAUGGUACAGAGCUGGAUGAAGGAGAUGAAAAUAACCCCAGCAGUGAAAGUGCACUUAAUGAAGAAUGGCAAUCUGAUAAUAGUGAUGGAGAGAUUGCCAGUGAAUGUGAAGAAUGUGAUAGCAUCUUCAGCCAUUUGGAAGAGCUGAGAUAUAACCUGGAAUGUGAAAUAGGCUUCGAUAAGUUCAUUGAAGUUUAUGAGAAAAUCAAGGCUAUACAUGAAGAUGAAGAUGAAAAUAUUGAUAUUUGUUCAUCCAUAGUUCAGAAUAUUCUUGGAAAUGAACACAAGCAUCUAUAUGCCAAAAUACUUCACCUAGUAAUGGCAGAUGGAGCCUACCAAGAAGAUAACGAUGAAUAAAACCUGACUCAGGAAACCCCCUAAUGUUGUACUACAUAGAUCAGUGUUUGAAGCCUGCACAUCUGAAUAACAAAUUUUAAUGGAGAAUGUAAUAUGGGACAGGAGAAGCAAGACUUCAAAAAAACAAUGUCAGUUGUAUGAAAAAGAGGUAAAACAUGCCUUUUAAAACUGAGACAUCUAUACACCUGUGUACUCGCAUAUGCAGUCAUUAAAUACUAUAGAUGCCCAAAAUUGAAGAAAAAA